UGCCGUCGCCUUGUCGAGUCAUCGCCAGAGAAGAGCAGAGAGCAGACAGAGCCGCCGUCCGAUGGCUUGAAAACAGGGAAUAACUGUGGAUCACAGCGGAUUUAUUGCGCUACACAAGCCAAGAGGAGCAUAACGGCGGUCGUAGGAGCGGACUUAAUGUUGAUACGGAUGAGGAUAUAGCAUCUUUGAGUGAGACUGCUGCCUUAUGACCCGGACACAGACAACAUAGACACAGACAGAAAUAAGUACCAGAGCCGCCGCGACAUCAGCGAGCGAACUUGGCUGCUCUACCCGGUGGGAGGUGUUGGUCUGUCGGCUGCGGCUUGCUGCACGUAUACUGCUCAGCGCCACGCUGUUCGGACCCUUUUUAGAAGGAUAAGGUUGUAGCCAAGUUAUGUUUUUGUAAAUAGCUUCUUUUUCGGGGUUUUCGGCAACCAACUGUGGCUUUAAUGUGACGCACUAUACUGACAUUUGUGCUGUGUCGGAGCGGACCCCCCACUGCAGAGGAGUUACAGGCUUUUAAAUCAAGUUUGUACCUUCAUAAUUCUACGGUGCCGAUACAGCCCACACCAAUGUAAUAGUAACAAGGGGCGAAGCAGAUCAAGCUGGGCCUGGCUAGGCCUACCUAGUCUUCUGUCUGGCCUUACCAGACGGGCCAGCGACCUCUCCAGGGAUUCCUAACUCAACGUCGAGUGGGGGCUUCAGCCUGUUCUUACAGAAACUUCACCAGACCACCAUAUCAAGCUGUAACGGAUUGGAUUCCAAUCAUACCUUGUUUUAUCAGCCUUUGGGAGGCUAUACUGGUCUGUUAUAUCUCAAGUCCUUCCAUGUCGUGGAUGUCCCUCUCUGGAUGUUGGCAGCAGGAUGGAUUCGAGUGUUAAUUUGACGGUUGUCACAUCAUUGCAGUGCUUGCACCCCCCCUCCUUUGACUGGCUUUCGUCCCUUCCCUCCCCAAUCUUUGAGCGAAAGCCCCUGCCGCUCUCUUGGGGCUUCCCUGAGCCCUGUACAGAAGGGACUUGUAGGAACUGUAGAUUGUUUUGUUGAAAGAGUUGACAUUGCAAAGAGGAACUAGAGUUACCCAUCCAUUUUCUUUUUUCCAGAGUUUCAUCGGAGGUUGGACAGCUUUUCUUUUGAAAAAUAAACUCGCUAAUAGAAAUUUGUGCCCGGAUACACACAGUGUACACAUAGAUUGGUCUGAUUAAGUCCUUAUUUAUACACACACAAUUCCUUUUUUGCGGUCUGAGUCUUGGGGAGAAAUGUCUGAAAGCAGCAGCGAAGCGCCACAAUUAAUUGCCCCUGCCCCCCCUCCUCCCUCUGCCUCUCCCUGUCCAUCACCCCAAACCUCCCUUAAGAAUGUGAAUGGCUCUGCCAGUUCAGACACGCUUGUGGUAGAGAAGCUUAGCGGACACCCUGAGGUCCAACGUCGGCGCCACACAAUGGAUAGAGACUCUAAAAUAGCCGAGCACCGUUUCUUCCGCCGGAGUGUCAUUUGUGACUCCAAUGCCACAGCUUUGGACCUGCCCAGCAAAGCAGCUGUGAUACUCACCUCACCUCCAGACUGUGAAGGGCCUUCCACCUUCUUCUUUCAAGUUCCCUCAGGUCCUGGACCUGGGGUACGAGAUGCUGAAGGCAGAGAGGUCCCAAGAGGUCCUUACCUGCAAACCUCAACCCUUCAGCCUGGUCUUGGCCUUGGUAGGGCAGUGGCGGAGGGGCACAUAGAAAAUGCUGAGGAAGAUUUAGGUGAGGGCAGUAUCACGAUUGCUGUUCCCACAAGUAGUAUUGUUGAAGAACAUAGUGCAGAUGGGGCAGUAAAAGAGCCCAGCCCGACAGUAUUGGAUGUUGCCGACAAAACAUCAGGCCAACUGCCUGACGUCACAUUGCGUCCCAGAGGGUCAGAGGACACACAACAGGUGGCAAAAGACGGAAAAGUGAUAGAACAUGUGGACGGGGGUAGCGUUGGUAGUCCGACCGAGGAGAAAGAGAAGGAGACGGAGGAGGAGAAGGAGCUAGCGAAAGCACGGGCAGAGCAGAGGGAGGCCGAGAAACGAGUGCAAGAGGAUAUAGAGGAGGUGGAGACAAAAGCUGUAGGGACUUCCCCAGAUGGGCGCUUCCUGAAAUUUGACAUCGAGAUUGGAAGAGGGUCCUUUAAGACUGUGUACAAGGGACUGGAUACAGAGACUACUGUGGAAGUGGCGUGGUGUGAGCUCCAGGAUCGCAAACUGUCCAAGUCGGAGCGCCAGCGCUUCAAAGAGGAAGCAGGGAUGUUGAAAGGUCUCCAGCAUCCUAACAUUGUCCGCUUCUAUGAUUCCUGGGAGGGACCAUGCAAAGGAAAGAAAUGUAUUGUUCUGGUCACGGAGCUCAUGACAUCUGGCACGCUUAAAACCUACCUGAAGCGUUUCAAGGUGAUGAAAAUCAAGGUUCUUCGUUCGUGGUGCAGACAGAUCCUCAAAGGCCUCCACUUCCUGCACACCAGAACCCCGCCCAUCAUUCACAGGGACCUGAAAUGCGACAACAUCUUCAUCACGGGGCCCACGGGCUCGGUGAAGAUAGGGGACCUGGGUUUAGCCACGCUAAAAAGGGCCUCCUUCGCGAAGAGUGUCAUAGGAACCCCAGAGUUUAUGGCCCCAGAGAUGUAUGAGGAGAAGUAUGAUGAAUUGGUAGACGUCUACGCCUUCGGGAUGUGUAUGCUGGAGAUGGCUACCUCAGAGUACCCCUACUCUGAAUGUCAAAACGCUGCCCAGAUCUACAGGCGGGUUACUAGUGGAGUGAAACCUGGCAGUUUUGACAAGGUAGCCAUUCCUGAGGUGAAGGAAAUUAUAGACGGCUGCAUCAGAACAAACAAGGAUGAAAGGUAUGCCAUAAAGAUCCUGUUGAACCAUGCAUUCUUCCAGGAGGACACGGGGGUCAGGGUUGAACUGGCAGAAGAGGAUGAUGAGGAAAUGAUUGCUAUCAAACUCUGGCUCAGGAUAGAAGACGUCAAGAAGCUCAAAGGCAAAUACAAAGACAACGAAGCAAUUGAGUUCUCCUUUGACCUGAACAAGGACGUCCCUGAAGAUGUGGCCCAGGAAAUGGUUGAGUCUGGUUAUGUUGCUGAGGGUGACCAUAAGACCAUGGCCAAGGCUAUCAAGGACCGCGUGUCUCUGAUCCAGCGGAAGAGAGAACAGAGGCAGCUGGUACGAGAAGAACAGGAGAAGAGAAAAUUGGAGACUGAACAACAGCAGCAACAACAACAGCAGCAGCAGCAACAGCAGCAGCAGCAGCAGCAGCAGCAACAACAACAGCAACAACAACAACCGCAACAACAACAGCAACAAGAGAUACUCAAACAUUCACACACACAGGCAGAGGCAGAGGAGACGGAAGUGGAGCAACAGCAGCUGCACUAUCAGCAGGCCGGCAUCUCACACACAUCUGAAGGAGGUCUGGACAGCGGCCAGGGUUCCUCAGUUUUCUCCUUAGACUCCCCCCACCUGGGUCAGCUGGCCAUGUCGUACAGCUGCCCCCCUUCUUCCCACCCCUCUUCCCAGCCCCAAACCCCCUACCCCUCCACCCCCUCUGCUAACCUGCAGCAGCACCCAGGCUAUGCCCAGCCGCCGCAGCCAAUGUCUGCGUUGCGCCGUCGUCGAAGUCGUAGCAUGUCUGUUUGCGUCCCCCCCUCCUCCUACUCCUUUUCCCAUGCUCCUUCGCCCCUGGCCAUUCCUCCAAAGCAGCCCUCCACCCCUCCUCCAGACCUGUCCUCCUCAUCCUCCUACACCACCACCUCCCCAUGCAUGCCUCUCGCAGCUGAGAGGGACACAUUUGCCGGGCGCCUCUCCAAGGCCCUGGAGACGGUCCUACCCCUUCACUCUGCCUCCUCUCUGCCCAGGGCCAGGCAGCGGAGGGCCAGCCUACCUGCCCUGUUCUCUAACCCUCAGCAUUCAAUGCCUCACCCCUACAGUGGAGGAGGAAGCACAAGAGGAGGAGGAGCGGGAGGGAGCAUCCCCCUCCAAACUCUCCCAGACCCCCCAACUAUUUUCUUCCCCUCCAUCCCUGAGCGCCCCAUUUCCUUCUCGCCUCCUCCCACUGGGCCUCCAAAGGCCUACAACACCCAGAGACGCAAGAGCACGUCCAUUCUCGAGGCACAUACCCGACACUUCCAGCCUGCCUACACCCGCUAUGGGAGCAGCCUGCAUCCCUUUUCUGGGAUGGAGGGUGUUGAGACCCCUUCUCUCUUCAUGGUAAAUCCCAGUUUUGCAGCAGCUGCUCAAAGACUUGGUGUUGGGGAGGCACUGCAUCUCCCAGGACAAUCUGACCCAAGUUUGUAUAGCUUCAAAGAAAUGAGAGCAGAGCACGAGGAAGCAGUGAGGAGAUUAAGUCUCAAUCAAGCUGCCUUAUUGGACCAUUAUGAAGCAAUGGCAUAUGGAGGAUACCCAAUAACUGCACACCAGCUUGGCCACUUCGGUUUCCAUCAGCAGAGGCAAGCUGCAGCUGCUGGUCUAGGUUUUGAUCCUGUUCCUGCACCUCAAACAGGGUUCUUGCACUCACACGUCAUGCAAAGAAUGAGUGCACACAGCCCAAUCCCUCCACCCUUGAGUGUGCCCACUGGUGUCUCUUCUUCGUCAUCUGAUGGAUACUAUCCUCCACCACAGCAUGCUUCCUCUUCCUCUUUCCCUCUUUCUGCACCUCCAGUAAUGGCUGAAGCCCCACCAUCAACAAGUGCUUUUGAGUUCCAUUUAGCUGCAGCCGCUGCAGCUGCUGCUGGAGACCCGAGCCUCCUGGCAUCCAGACUAUACCGGGCCCGAAGGAGCUCCAUGGACCUCCCUCUAGAGGACAACACUGGAACUGGCUCAGUUGGUUCAGGCACGUACAGCCGUCUCCAGCCAGUGACUGAAGAGCUGUACGCAUAUCUCAGUCCCGAGCUCCCCUUACCUCCAGGAAAUCUUCUUCUUCACCACAUAGGUGUAGCCACAAAAGACAGAAGCCCAGAACCUAAUAGUGACUCUAUGGCCUCUUCUGACGCUGGGGAGUUCCUGUCACCUCCUCCCCCACCUCUCAUCCCUCCCUUUGACUCCUCAGCUGCUCAGUCCAUCCCUCACUCCUCCUCCGCUGCACUCUACGAUUUAUCUGGAGGGGUGUUCCCCAUAGAUCCCCAGGGACAUCCACCCUCCAUGCAAGGCUUUCUGCCUGCCACUCCAUCCACUGAGCUUGGGGUAGCAUCUUCAACCCAGCUGGAGUCUCUGAUCCAGAGUGCCUGGGCUCGGCAUGGAGGGGUGAUACCAGCCCAACCCGAUAUGACAUACCAUGAGUCAUUGCUGGCCAUGCAGGCUGCUAUCCCCUCUCUGCAGCAGGUUCAGGCUCCCCCCUCCCAGUCCACUCCGGGACCCCCUCUGGUCCCUGUCACCACCCAGCCAGCUCCUCCUGGGACCCCCCAACAGGUUGUUUCAUCCAGUCACAAUAUUACAUCAGUUCAGAGCCCCAUACACACACCUCUGCCACAGGCGUUAUCACAGCCCAGUGUAACUCCGUCUACCGUUUCCUUGGUGACCCUGCCCUCUCCGUCGCUGUCCCUCCCUGUUACCAUGCCAUCCGCGGCGGUGGCUUCCCCUCCCUCUCCUCUGCCACGCCCUGUUGGGGUGGUGCCUACUAUUGUUUCCCCUCCUACUCCUCCUCCUCCUCCUCCUCCUGUGCCCACACCUGUGCCCCAGCAAUUGGCCCCGGUGGUUCCAAUCAUCAGUGUAGUCACCACCCCGCCUGAUACUCCCAUGGAAGCCCCUCCCCAGUGUUCAGAGCUGUCCCAGUCCCAACUUCAGCCACCUCAAGUUCUCUCAUCUAUAGAGAGUGGCCACUCUGAGACUUCAGGUCUGAGUGACGGCAACGAGGGAGGAGGAGGUCGCCAUGAAGGGCGCUCCACCAAGCGACAUCAGAGACGCUCUGUGCGUAGUCGAUCACGCCAUGAGAAGAUCUCCAAGGCGAAACUCAAUGUCCUCAAUAUUUCCAACCGAGGAGAUAGGGUAGCAGAAUGUCAGCUGGAGACCCACAACAGGAAGAUGGUGACUUUCAGGUUUGACCUGGAUGGAGACAACCCUGAAGAGAUAGCCCAGAUCAUGGUCCAGAGCGAGUUCAUCCUGGAGAGUGAGAGGGAAUCAUUCAUUGAGCAGGUCAGAGAGGUGAUAGAGAACGCAGAUGAGAAGGGUCUGGAGAGAGACCCAAACAGCCAGAUGGCAGGUGAUAUGGCGCAGCAGAUUCCUGUUAUAUCUGUCCCCAUGCCAGAUAUCCCUCCCAGUGCAACAGCACAAGUGGUGCAUUCAGCAGGUCGGAGGUUCAUUGUCUGCCCUGUACCUGAAGCCAGGCUGAAGGAACAAAUGUUUCCCACCUCUCCUUCUCCUGCCCGGGCACCUCCUGUUGAAACAGUUCCCCCAGCUUCAGCUCCAGCUCCAUCUCAGACUCCAGGCCAAGGUGUAGCAUUGUCCCAGUCUGCUGGAGUAAUCAGCUUACAACAAGCCUUCUCUGAGCUCAGACAGAACCAGAAUCAGUUUGAUGUCGGACCCAGCACCGCCCCAGCAUCCAUCCACUCCAGCCAUCCUCUUCUGCAGCCUGCAGCGGCUUCUAUGCCUUCACAGGCUAGCACAGUCACUCCUACUGUGGAUCCUACUGUUGGACUUGUCCCUUCUAAUUUAAACCAGGCACAGGAGCAGGUCUUGGAUGCCUCUCCUCCUCCCGCUUCCUCCUCCUCCCCCUCCUCUAUGCCCGCUGCCAAUCUCAGCCCUCCUUGUUCCUCCUCCCCGCCUCCUGCUGUGGUGAAUCAGUCCAUCCUUCAGUCACAGCUACUUUCACAGCCGGGGAUACAGCCUGUGUCCCAACCCCCGGGACCGGUGCAGGUCCAGGGGCAAGCACAAAUUGCGCCCCAGGCUUUUAGCCAGCCUCAGCCUCAAACUGUCUCUGCGGUCAUUGCUACUUCAGUACUCUCCACUUUACCACCUGCUAGCAUCUCCAGCAUCCCCCCAACAAUGCUCACCUCCCCACCUCCCGCCCAGACUCUUCCUCUUGUAUCCUCCCCUCCCUCCUCUACUCUUUUAGCCAGUGAAGUCUCCUCUGAUCAUCCAUCAGUCUCUCCCACCUCUUCCUCUACUGCUUCUCUCUCCUCCUCUGUCAUCCCAACCACUGCCAUCCCAGGCCCCCAGCUUGCUCCCUCUGCUGCUGCCUUCCACUCCACCCCCCCUUCCUCCUCCUCCUCCUUCUCUGUGGGGCUCUUGCCAGUGACCACCAAUGUUCCAUCAGUCCAACCAACCUUGGUCCACUCCCAGCCACAGACGGCAACCCUGCCUGGGCAGACACACACACACUGUGGGGAAUGUGAUGCAAGGUGUGAGGCAUUCAGUGAGUCCCAAGGCAAACCGGACGACAUCCAAGCUCUGGAGAAGAAGCUGCGGUCUCUCUUCAUGGAUCUCGGUGGAGGGGUGCCAUCCACCGGGGGAGACAUCUUAGCUGCUGACCCUGCCUCUGGAGCCCCCGUGGCAGGUACCUCUUCCCCACUGGGACCCUGCUCUACCUCCAGUACAUUUGUCACCACACCUGGCUCCAGCCAACCAGCGAAUCCUCCUCAGCCCCCCACCAGCCUUUCACUGGGGUCACCUGCUCCAAUCCAGGGCCCAGGAACACCUAUCUCCAACCCUGCACCGAUUGUUUCUACGGUCAUCCCUGCAUCGUCCUUUGGCCAGACUACUCCAUCCAAACCCCCUUUAUCCAGGGCACCGGCCAGUUCUCCUCCUUCAGAACUCCUGCCAUGCUUCCCUGGACCUUGUCUAAUACAGUCCCAGCAGCCUCUGGAGGACCUGGAUGCUCAGUUGAGGAGAGCACUGAGCCCAGAGACCGUUCCUGUCUGCACCCACACACAAGCCUCUCACAGUGGCAUAUCUUCAACGGGACAACCAAUUCCCUUCUCUCUGGAGGAAGCUUCUGGAUCCUCUUCUGACCCUCCUCAUCCUUCAGGUGGAAUUAAACUUGGAAGAUUUCAGGUCUCAUUGGCUACUGAGGCGCCUCCUGUUCAACACCCAGCCUGCACCGAGUCUUCCUCCACCUCCUCGUCUUCUUCUUCCUCGUCCUCCUCCAGUCUCUCCAGCCCGGAGAAUACACUGCACAAGGACUCCUCGUUUCCUCUGAGAGGAGGAGGAGGACAAGGAGGACAAGGAGGAGAUGUUGUGGACGGGCUCCCCCAACGGACUCUGGUAGGGUCCCACCACCCCUCCCCCCUCACUUCACCGUGCCCCUCUCCUAAGCCCACCACUACCAUUGGACGCUUCCAGGUUACCAUCAACCCAGAGGCCCGUGUUGGUAGAUUCUCAGUCAGUCGUACCCUGGAGCACAGCCUCGAAUCCAGGCAGACCCCUCUGCCUGCUGCCCAUGCUGCUAACGGACCCAGUAAUCAUGGGCAGCUUUUGAGUCCAGACUCUACUCAUAAAGCCUCUCUGCCCAAUCUAAACACCAACUCCUUCAAUAACUCCUACAUCAGCAGUGACAACGACUCUGAAUUUGAGGAUGAAGACUUCAAACAGGAAGUCAGCCACCUUAGAGAAAAGCACAUGCGUGAGAUUCAGGCCCUGCACUUCCGCCAGAAGGAGGAAAUAGAUUGUCUCUUUACCAGGCUGGGAAAGGUUCCUCCAGCUGCAGUGCUCCCUCCAGUUAUAGGCUUGACUAGCAGGAGGAGACGACCUACUAAAAGCAAAUCCUCCAAAUCGUCCAGAACCAGCUCCACGCACAGCAGCAAGAGUCCGUUACAGCCAGGCAGCACUUUAUCCGCCCAGAGCGUCCCCACCAUGUACCCCGGCCAGCUGGCUCUGUUAGCCCCCGGAGGAUUAGCUGAUUCGGGCAGCAGUACUCUGCUCCAGCCUCUCAAACCCUCCUCCUCCAGCAACAACCUAUGCUCGGCCUACACCAGCGAGGCGGCGCUCUCUGUGCCCAGCCUGUGUGCUCCCACCCCAGGCUGUGUAAAGUUCAGCUGGGGUUCGGAGCGUUUGGCCUUCAAGCCUGGCGGCAGGAGGACGCGCUUUCUGAGGAAGAUGGUGAAAAAAGUCUGCCCCUGCAACCAGCUCUGUAGGACUAAUAGCACCAAUGCAGUGAGCGGUUCAGGUGGUUUGGGUCAGAGCCAGGGUGGUUCUCAGUGUCUACCCCCCAACAUAUCAGCCCCCCACCAGAGAAAAGGAACUUUCACCGAUGACCUCCAUAAACUGGUGGACAACUGGGCCAGAGAUGCCAUGAACCUCUCACAGGGGAAGAAGAGUGCCAAACAGCUGCAGCAGGCCCCAAUACAGGGACAUAGCUACGAGGUUAUCCAGUCAGCCAGUCUGGGCAGGAAGUACUCGGCUCCCAGCCAGCUGUGUCCCAGCAGCAUUGGAGGUUCAGCCCACCUCCUUACCAACUCCACCACUGCUACCUCUCUGGCCGCCCGCAAGGGCUCCCUAUGCCACCCACCUGCUUCCUCCACUUCACCUCAACCCCAACCUUCCCAGUUCAUCCACUACACCCCUACCGCCGCCUACAGUGCACAAUGGUCCGGUCCGGCUCACGGUCUAUCAACCCCACACCAGGCUGCAGCACAGCCUGGGCCUCUACUGGUCAGCACCUCCCAGCCCCUGGGCCCCUACCCCACAACGGUUGGUGGACAGGGGCAGAUUCCAGGGCAAGGGCCACUCCAGGCUUUCCAUCUGACCAACUCUCUCCAGAAGUCGAUCAGUAACCCAGGAGGACCUAACCUGAGGACCACGUAGGGCUGGGGGUGAGGGCUGGUCACAGCCCUACUGGACUGAACUGGACUGGACUGGUGUAGAACAGAGUGUUACAGGCUUGCGUGGGGAGCGAGGAGUUUGAAAUGACAGAAGCUGACCUGUUCAAGAGGAAAAAGGAAAAAAGGAAAUGAAGAGGAGCAAAAGAAAUCAGGAAUGCGAUGGGGUCACAUCUCCACAGUUUGUGUGAUGCAUCUCGCCUCUGCAUCCAUCUGUGUGUGAGUGAGAAGCUGUCACAGACACGAAUGCAGUCACACAAUUUCCCUUUCUGCUGUGUUUGACUGUGGGCUUGUGACAGCCAGCCAGAUGCUUAAGGAUAAAGGAAAAGACUCUUGAGUGCAAUGUGAAAGGCCAAAGAGGUUGUGACAGGGUUCCGGAUUGGUGUUAGUAACUGUUUGUGUGUGAGGUAUUGUUAAGGUAUUGGGGUAUUGUUUAUGCGCACUUAUGGCUCGGCCACCAUUGUUCCAUUUUCAUUCUAAAUUGAGUGUACACGUCUUUACAAGGCAGGUCACAAAAUCACCCUUGUGAGACAGCAGUGGGGAGAUAUUACAUCAGGUAAGGGGGAGGAAUGUGGUGGCCAGCUUUAACCAAACCAACUGUUUGUCCACACAGCACCUCUUAAUAACUUCUAAUACUAUAAUUGCUUACAAUAUUUGACAAAUUUAGCUCACAGACUGAGUUUUAAAUAAUCUUAUGCUCUUUUCCAAAUUUAGUACAAAAAAGACAUUGUCACUCUAUAAAGAGGUAACUGGUGGAUACAGAGGGGAGCAUGGCUGGCCAUCACAUUAAAGUUGUCUUUCAACAUCAAACAAUGCACAAGAGGCUAUAUUGCGCUGAAAUCAAGCAGUGGUUGUGUUUCUGCCAGCAAAGCAUUCCUUCAAUGUGUACUCAAAAGAAAGCUUUGAUAUCAGGUGAAAGCAGACUGGAGCGAUGUUUAGAACAGGAUAUUAAAUUCAGGAAGUGUUUUUCUCAGAAUUUGGAAAUUGUUCUUAAUUUAAAGCACAAAAAUAUAAAAUAAAAUAAAGAACCAAUCAAAUGCAAAUUUGAGAAUUUGACCAUCUGGAGCUGAGCUGAUCUCAAGCCUGGUUUAGAGUAGGUACAGUCCAGCACUUGGUGGGGUUUUAACUCGUCAGUUUGCGAAAGAUAUCUUGACAGCUACUCCUCUGUUACCUUCUGUGUCUUGUUCCUCCCUUGUUCUGACAAACCAUUCAAACAGAUGGAGAGAGAUGGAGGAAAGAAAGUGAAUAAAGAGGGAGAGCAGAGAGCAUUAAAUAACAGUCAAACAUCUCGUCUGUUUCCUGUUCCACUGCUUACUUUAGGAACAUACUGGCUGUGCACACCAUAACUAAAGUACUGAAUGCACAGGACAGAUGCCUCUGCACACCAAGCACCUCUUCAACAUCAUGACUCCACCUCUUCCUCCAUCCCUCUCUGGGCCUCUCUGUUGCCAUUUGAAGCAAUAACAGCAGAAACCUUUUAGAGAAAAGGAAAAAAAAAGCCCAAACAAAAGAACUCAGUGUGAAAAAGUGGCCUUGUUAUCAUAAUAAUAUCAGAGUCCAUGUACAGUUUGUGUCUCUGUUUAUUGUUUAGAAUGUCAGCCAUGAUGAUUCCAUUUUGUUGUUUUAUUUUGGUUGUGUUUGUUGGGUUUGUUUUGCUUGCUGCCCCCAGCUAGCAAUCUGACACACACACACGCACACACAAUGCAUGAGACAUUCAUAUAAAUACACACACCUGCAUACACACACACAGUCAUGCACAGACUCAUGUAAAUACACACACAUUGUUGGAGGCGUAGCAGCCGUUAAACAGACACAGAUUCACGGACUAAUGCCUCAGUUCUUAGUGUUAUUCAUCAUUAGGUUGGUUUUCAACAUUUUUUGUUGAAGUGAUUUCAAUGUCUGUUGUCAUAAUUAUUGUUGUUAAUGAUUAUUAUUCUAUUUAAAAAGAAACAAAAAAGGUAUUCUUUCAAUGGACCUGUUAUACGUGCACAUCGGUGUAUGAUGUGGAAACACUGUGAUUAUUGUUGUUUAUUAUUAGCAAAUGUUGUUGGACAACAUUAGUUUUAGGGUAAAAUAUCACAAAUUAAACAAAAAGCAUACAGAGAACGGUUUGGGGUCGUUUCACUUUCAAUUCACUGCUUUUAGCUGAUGGAUUCUCUUCAAAAAAACAAAAAUUGAGAGCGCCUCUUUUCAAUAAUCGUCCUCACAUCCAGUUACUGAGGAUGCAAUCCGAAACAAAUGCCUUACCGACAACUUAUCAACUGCAGUUUCAGUUCCUUUUAUAUAACUGAUUGAAUUGAAAGUCGAAACUGACCUCCAAGCCCGAUUAUAAAGACAGACCGGAGUGAACGGCAGGAUAGUUGAUAUUUAGAUAAUAAAGUAAUGCUAGCUAUUUUGUUUUCUUAAUACAGUACUUAUAUAUCAGACACUUUAAAUAGCCCUCCUCUUCCCUUUCUCCCUGGUUUUGUUAGAUGAAUGUGAAUGUAUAAACCAAUGGUGUCCAUUUUAAUGUACUUGGGAAAAAAAAAGUCUGUCUUUUAUUUUUGCUUUAUUUCACUUCCCCUGACAUCCUAGAGCCUCCGGUGAACACUGGAGGUACUUUAAUAGUGCCUUGCAUCCUUCCUGUUGCUUGUUCCAUUGGGGGUUGAGGACUUGGGUUAAAGUAAGCACACUUGACAGCAUGUGUGGGGAGUUUUUUUUUUUUUUGGGGGGGGUCACUUUUGAAGUCAGUGGUGAUGAUUGGACCUGGUGUUAGUGGAGCAGGCAUGCAGUAGAUUGGUGGAGAUGCAGUAAUAAUGGCUGUUGACUGUGUGCGCUGCAGCUGGUUUGUGGUUAAUUCUCUUUGAUUUCAACUAAUUGAGUUGUUUCCCCAAAAAGCAAGAACGUUUUCCAACGUAGCUCUUUGAUAGGAAGAAGAAUUGAAUUGAAGUCAUUUGAAGUCGGUGUUUGUGUGAAGUGAGGCCCAUUGCUGUGCUUUACCUCCACGUGAGGCCUGACUGUGUUACACCGCCAACAUAAUGAAAGAUGGAGAGAACUUUAUCAGUGCCAAUUUUUCAGGGUUUUAGAUAUAGAUAUUGGGGGGAAAUGGCGCUGGAAUAUUUGUUCAGUUUUAAGGAGGGAGUUGUUGAAGAUUGUAUUUGAAGCUUGGAUUACUCUGUAUUUUAGAGGCACUGGCCCAGGGGCCGCAUAAAUUCAGCAGAGGAACCAAUGAAGUUACUUUACUUUAAUGUUAAAGUAUCUCUGGUGUAGUAAAGAUUUAUAUUUUUACCAAAACAUGAAUCCAGUUCUUUUCAAAUCAACGGGCUAAAAGACCUAUUUUGGCUUAUUGUGUCUAAAUCUUAAACUCUGAGUCUAUGAUAGCUGGAGAGAAAUGUGGCAGGGGCCAUGAUGGCAUACGCUAAAAGUCCAGUUGGCUUGUAAAAUAGUUUGAGUGACUUAUGAUGAUGCUGUGGCCUCUGGAUUAAAAAGAUUCAGAUUGGGUGCAUCAGAUUUGACCAUGGCCAAACAAGCCACCUAUUGUCAUCUGAUUCAAAGGUUGCUGAAUCCUGAUUGGUGCAACUGAGCCCCGCCCACUUCUAACAGUGAGAAGAGAACAAAGAAAUACAGACCAAAUAACCAAAACUGUCCAGACUUUGCCAUGAAAUAGUGUUUUCAUGUCAGAACACAUCACCCAUAGUACUAACUGAGAAAAUACGUUUUAAGGCCAUCUUGCUCCUCUAGUGUAACCCAUUGUUAUCCAAUAUUUAUCCCACUCGGAAAAAUCAAAUAACAUUCACAAAACCAGCAGAACUAUACUGUCUUUUUAACAGAUUUGGUUAGGCAUGCCUCCUCAUCUGAGAAAUGCUGCUAUUGGACAAAAGAGUCUACAAAAGGUAUGAAUAUUGUCUCAUACACUCCUUUUCCCACUGUAUGUUUCUGAAGCUGCACCAAACACUAUUUGAACAUGAGGGCGUCCCAGCGCUAGAGGUUGUGCUGGUGGUGGUUAGAAUGACUGUAGCACAGUGGUGGUUAUGAUGAUUGGACCAGUAGGGAUGAUGGUUUAAAUGAUGGAAUUGAUAAUAGUGGUUUUAGAUUCAAGGCCUUUGACACCCUGUCCUCUUUUAUCUUUUCAUUUGUUUGUAGAUGUAACAUGUCUGGUACAAUCUUUGACAUUCACAUAAAACUUCUUUUUUUGUGUGUGUGCCGGGAAUGGGUGUUCUGGAUUCACAUAAAAACAUAAAAAGCUUACUUUGUAGAGCUUGUACAAACAAAACACAUUGCUUUUGCUUGUUUCUUGGGAUAGUUUCCAUUUCUCAUGAAUAAUAAUGCAACAUUUUUACUACUAGGCAAGUUUGGUUGAAGCUGUGAAUAAUCAUUGAGCCACUUUGCUUUAGUUCUGAUUAUCAUAUGAUGAUGUUAUAAGAAGUCAAACCUUUAAUGAUGCCACCAACUCAGUGCCAUUUGACUUUUUUAUUGUCAGUGGAGUGGAAACAUUAGAGGUAAAGAAUAAAAAAAAAAGUAAAUUCAGUGUAUUUCUACUGCUUUUACUCACUGGAGCUGUUUUGGUUACCAGGUAACAACCUGGAUUUUCACUUUGCAAUUGCUUGAGCCUCAAAUGAUUUCCACAGUCGAAGUUUGAUCAUAUUUUGCUGUGUCUCGACUACAUAAGUACUAUGAAAGGAAUGCCUAUUGUGCAGCGGCUACAAUGUAAUAUUAUUUAAAGUUACAGUAUGCUAUCAAGCUCUGAGGUUACAGUUGGGUUUGACAGUUACACCCCCUGCUGGAGGAUUCUUGAGUUAAGUUUUUUUUUUUUUUUGUAGGGUUGUGGUGGAGAACUCUGACUGUGAAAGGCUUGAGAGUUAUCCAGUGCGAGCACUCUUAUUGUGAAGUUUCCUGAAGUUAAAGAGGAAAAGUAGGAUUCUUUUUCUGAUGACAACACAUACAAUGUAGCAAAAACACACUCGCAUUAGAUUCAGGUUCUGUUUUUUGAGCUUUUGCCUGUUCAGGACUCACUAACCUUUAUGCUUUUUGACUUUAGACUUUAUACACACACACACACACACACACACACACACACACACACACACACACACACACACACAGAUAGAUAGAGAUUGAUUCAGUGCAUCUCCUUGCUGUUCUAUGUAGCUUGCUCCUGUGGAAUGAUGUCGAGUCUCAAGCACAGCAACAGUUUCCCUGAAAACAUUUUUCUCAAUAUGUCAAAUGUUUCUGGUUUCUCUGAUUUUUUUUCUUCUUUUUUUUUCUUUUUUUUUGGGAUUAUUCCUCACUUGUUUUAUCAGCAGUUUUGAUGUCUCUAGCUGCACCUAACUUAAUUCAGUGGUUUCAUUUUUCUGUAUCAUGUUUGACAUUGUAAGUGGUUGGAUAAAAAAAAAAACAUGAAUGAAUGAAUAAAAGAAAAAACAAAAACAAUACAUGUAGGGAGUCAUCGGCAGCCUUUAACGGUAUGUUUUGCACUAAGUAUAGAGUGUUCAAGCUUCAUAUUAAAAAGAAAACUUUGCGCUUUGCGCUACAAUACAAUGACAUUUGUUACUUUAUUUGUAAAAACUUAAUAAAUAAAAGUUGUUUAAAUGCA